ACUGUGAAGAACACCGCCAUGGAGCCAAGCAAAGCAGAAUAUCAACGAGAGGACUUCAUGACCGAAAUGCCUCCUAUUCCCGAGGACGAGUUCACAGUCUUUGGCACGGUUUACGCUCACCCACAGCACGCAGAUGCCAUGGAUGCAGUCUACAGAAAGCUCACCGCCAUGUCAGCUUCGGAGCCAGGAACCAUCUACUACUGCAUUGCGAGAGAUCCCGAUGAUCGCAGUGUCUUCCAUUUCUUCGAGCGGUAUACCGGACGCAAGGCCUUCGAUGAGCAUAACAAUUCCACGACGGUGAAGGAUCUACUGGCUAGUGGAUGGAUGAAGGGUGUCAAGGCGAAGUUUGUGAAGCCUGUAGAGCUGGGCACGAAGUAGAUGUGGAGUGGUUUUGUGGUUAGCUUGCUGUGUCUGGCGUGUAAUGUGAGCUUCGGCCGUUGCGCAUGGGAACUUUGGCUUGUCGAUUCGGGUUUUGAUUGCGUAUACCAGCGGCCAAAGAGCUGCAGUUCUCCGGUCUC